AUGACAUCAGAUGAGGUGGCUAUGGUUUGCGUUGAUGACUCCUAUACGUCUUUGGAAACCGCCAGAACAGUAAUCGCAGCUGCAUGCAACUUCUCCUCUAUUGACACGUCAAUUCCUACUACCACCAGCGAUCCAAGUUAUAUCCACACUCCAACAUACUACCCGAGUGCGCCCAGCACGCUAGCAAACUGUACCGCGUAUCGCAACUACACGGACACAACGAACGUGUUUCUCAACAUUACAGACACGAUAAUCACGAGGCUUAACUCCUGCAAAUUUAUCGCAUUCGCCUACGAAGUCACUACUGACCAGCUGGUGGAGUGGAAUCCGAGUCUUUCAAGCAAUGUGAGCAUCUGCGCCUUGCAACCCGGCUAUAGCUACUGCGUGUUGCAGAGCGAAGAUUCCAGUAAGCCUCAACCAUCAUUCGUCGUCUUGCAUCUUAAAUAG